ACGACAGAAACCAAAAAGAACAAAAAAGAGAGAGAGAAGGAAGGAAGAGAGAGAGAAAGAUAGAGAAAGAAAGAAGGAAAAAAAGAAAGGGAGAUCCGUCCAAACCGUCGACAUUUUGGAGAAACCUCAAGGGCAACAUACCGAGCUAUUGCUCGACGAAGGAACUCGUAUGCGUGAUCGCCUAUAUAGUACUUUUCUGGCCGGUAAAGUAAAACGCCACUAUUGUUCAUCUUCUCCAUAUCAUUUCGGGAUUUCAAACGUCAAAAAACCACUCAACCCUACUCCGAAAUAGAGAAUUCUCCAUCUCCGGCUGCCACAUUCUGAGACACAUACAUUCUCCGACGACUGUUUUGCUCAACGGUGAAGAAGCGCCGACUGUGCAAAAGUACUUCACAGAAAAAGCUCCAAAAUUUAGGGAUUUAAAGAAUUGCAGAACUCGAAUCGUCUACCUCGACCGGAAUUUAAACAUCAGAAAUGACAAGAACAAAAAGAAAAGAAAGGGAACCAAGUGAUGAUAACGAAGACUACCAAGAGGUGGAAUUAGAAGAUGAAGAAGACAAUCAAACGAUACACACAAAGAAGAAUUCGAAGAAGAGCUUGAAGAAAUCAAAAAAAAGGAGAGAGGAAGAAACAGAAGAUGAAGAAGAAGAAGAAGAAGAAGAAGAAGAAGAAAAACCAUCACCGAAGAGAUUGAAAUAAAAAAAAAAAAAGACAAGAAGGAAUAGAAGAACAAGAAGUAGAACAAUCACCAAAGAAGGGUUCUUCAAAAGUUAUUAGUAAAAAACAGAAAGUAAAGAAGGUAAAAGAUUCUGAAGUUCAAGAAGAAGUAGAAGAAAAACCUGAAGCAGCACCAAAGAGGAAAAAAAUGUGAAACCAGGACAUGUGCAGUACAGGUGCACUUUAAUAAGUUUCUUGAACACAAUUAAAGAUAACAAGCAGAAUCUCAGUGCAAGAACAUUAGAUUUGCUCAGGCAGUCACCAUUUGGAAACAUUGUCGAUGCAUUCCAUGGUGGCUACAUAGAGGAGAAGUCAGCCAAGAAAUCUGAUGAUUUCAUUACACUCCUCCUACAGGCCUAAGAUCAUGAAAAUGACCUCUUCUUCUUUGGAAAGAUGAAAUUUAGGAUCUCGACAAGAGAUAUUUCAAAGAUCCUAGGAAUGCCAGAAAAAGGUGAGUUGGUCCCAAAGACUUCUGAGGGGGCAUAUCAGUCCGACUUUAUCCAGCAGUUUUUUUUCAAACACAGCGAGAAUUAACAAGAGAGCCGUGGAGAAAGCUCUGCAAGAUGCGCUCAAAGAGAAUGCAACAACAGAGGAAGGGAUUGAGAAGAAGGACAAAAAUGUGGCAAGAUUAAUCUUGCUGGACUUGUUCAUCAAGUUUCUGUUCCCAAAUGCAGGAGGAACAAUUUCAUGGGACUACAUAAAAGCCUGCGAAAAUUUGGAUAAGAUCGGAUCUUAUGACUGGGCAAGGGAAGUUGGAAGCUUCUUAAAAAAGUCUAUAAAGACUUUGAAAAAGAAAAAGGAGUCAAGCAGCCAAUAUAGUAAUACAGGGGGCUGUGUUCUGAUAAUACUGUAUUGGUUCUGCCAAAAGACUGGAAAAAUCAAGCCAAUAUCUGGAAGGGAGAAUGAAGAUCAUGGGAUGAGAAAAUGGGACAUCCAGAAACUGAUAAAGAAUUGGCCAAGUUUUAACAGCUUGAAAAAAAUAGAGAAAAUCUUUGAAAACCUGAAGGAGGAUAGAGAGGAAUCAGAAUCAGAGGAAGAGGAGAAUAGAUCAGAUGAAUCAAAGACAGUUCCGGAAGGAGAGGAAAAAGGAGCUGAUGAUCAGAAUUGUGAAAACGAAGAAGAUAACCUAGAAGUUAAGGUGGCUGAACAGGAAACAGCUUCAGAAAAAAAACAAAUGGGAGAAAGAGCUUCAGAAAAAGGAGGAGGAGAUAAGAUAUAUGACUGCAGAGAAAGAUAAUUUGAAGAAAAAGCUGAACGAAAAGGAACAGGAACUAAGGAAAAUCAUAGAGGACAUGGUGAAUCUGGAGGAAAGAAAUGCUACACUUGUGACCGAGAAUUUCUGCCUUGCAUCAUCAGUGAAGGAGUUAGAGAUAAAAUUGAAGGAAUUGGAGCAAAUGUUGAGCCCAAAGACUCGCACCUCAACAGCAGCUCAGCAGCACAACUCCCCACCUCCUAACUCAACAGAAGGAAAAAAUGAAUUAAAUGGAGCUACAUCUAAGGCUGCUGAAAACACAAAAGAGAAAGAUCAAUCGACUGUUGAGGAAGGUCAGUCCCAUGGGAUCUGCACAGUUGAAGAAUCUGCAGAAGCAGCAGCAUCUCAAUCUCCACCUCACUGCACAGUGGCAGAAGAAACUAAAUCGACACCUCCAUCACACAAGGAGUCACAGUUCCAGAGCCCCACAGUCCACAUGCUCACAGUGGCAGAAAUGGAACAACAAGCUGACAAGUGUCAGAUAGUGAAAAGUCCUAUAGUUGAAGAAGCAUUUCAACUUCGUACGUUGAGCACAGAGAAAGAGAAGAAGACACCAGAGCAGAGCCAAAAGGGAGAGUUAACAAUGCACCUUAUAGAGCAACAUUCCGGUGAAACGGUAUCAUCAAUGGGUCUCUACUCUUACGUUGUGAGAUUAAAGAAUAGGAGAAGAACACAGAAAAAGGACAACAUUUACUGGUGGGGAGAUGUGAAAGCAAAAAGACAGAAGAAAGCAAAGGAGAUUGAAGAGAGAUUGAAAGAUGCUGAAAAGAGAGAAAAAGAAAACGAGAUGAAGGCCUCACUGCCAGAUGCUGAACGUAAAAACCUAGAACAUAUGGUAGCACAACAGAAAUUGGACGAUUUACCAGAGGAUGUUCUGGAAGCAAUAAGAGAGAUGGACGCUGCAAAAAAUGCACAAAUCAAUAAAGAGCCAGAAGAAAAACAGCUACCUGCUGAGGUCGUAGACUGGGAGGAGAGCAAAUUAUACAAUUUUAUGGACCAGGACACCAAGAGGAGAGUCCAGAAAUACUGGCAAAAUACACCAUCAGGAGUAUACUUUUGGGAUGGAAGACGGUAUGGAGCACAGGUUUCAAGACAGGAUUUAAAAGACAUAAUCAUGGAUGAACCGAUAGCAAGCAAUUGCAUCGAAUGUUAUGGAAUUCUCUUGACUGAUUAGUUGUUGGAGAAAGAAUCACAAGGCUUGGACGUCCCAACUUUUAUGAAUCCGUUAUGCUGGCAUUCUGCAGAAAAUUUGACGGUGUAUUAUGUACAUCUGUACCUCUGCAAACCACUGUUUGAAAAUCUGGCAAGAUCCAACUAUAUAUUCUUCCCAAUCUCACAUGAAUCAGGAUUUCAUCAUAUACUGCUCAUUUUUGACAAGGAAUUAAAGAAAUGGUUCCACUCUGAUUCAAAAAGACCAAAAAAAUCAUCAACUAGAAAAUGCUUUCAAAAUGUUCAAAAAAUGGUUGAAAUGGUAGAGCUUUGGAUGACUGUAGUAAAAGAACAAGCAGAUGACAUGGUAGAACAAGGUUGCAGGGUGAAAUUUGAUGAAAAGAACAGUUCAGAAGAACAACUGAAAAUGAUAGAAGUUCCAUUGACUAAAACAGAGAGAGAAAGCAUAAAGUGGAUCAAGGAUAACUACAAACGAAAAAUGACAGUGACAGAACUCAAAGACAACCCUUAGCAAGGAGAAGAUUCAUUGGAUUGUGGACUUUUUGUAAUGUACACAAUGGAGAAAAUUUCGAAAAAAGGGACAGUUCCAAAGAAGCUCACAAAGGAUGAUAUUUUGAAAUUUAGAGCUCAUGUGGUAAAGUCAUUUGCAGAGAGUAGGUACAGCUGGAACUCACAACAUAAUGAAGUGUAGAAAUUUGUUUAGGGAAUAGGAUAGGUUAUAUAGGAAAUGACUAUAUAGGUUAUAUAGUCAUUUCCAAAUAUUAAGAAAUUUCCUUUUUUUAAUAUUUUCUUGCAGAUAUUG